CAAGAAUGAGACUUGACAUUGUCGCAAAAAAUGCAAUUAAUCCAAAAGAAGCACAGCCCUGUGAAAGAAACUGGAAAAGCUUGUUCAGGGCCAAGCAUUUGAUUGGCAUCGCCGAGAUUGCUUGGCGAUCAAGUCCGUGUCUUGACGCCGGUAAAUAUGAGUUCCAGCUAUUUAGUGUGUUUGAAGUGCAAGCUACCAUCCAUAUUUUUUUUAUGCACAGCCACUGCGAGCAAAGGAUUGGUGAAGGAUUCUUUUGCUUUUCGAAUUGAUGAAGAAACGGCGGGAAAGGCGAGACCCCUCAGCAAUCUACAGCCGGUGGUGAAAAGUCUGGAUUCACGCGGAAAUGUGGCGGUGCUUGUCCCGGCUGAACACGAGAACCAAGGGCCCCCUAGGUUUGCGCCCACGUCAUUUCCUAGUUUAGCGGCCACCCCUGAGUCGUAACGCCUACCCGCUUCCCGUUCUGUCGUCUCUACUCUACCACGCAUGGAGAAUAGGAUCAGGCAAAGCUUGAGGCACCAAUUCUUACUUUGGCGGGUCUUCGCACACAAGGGGACCACUCCCAGCUUUCGUUCCCCGUUACCCACCGCUCACCCUUUCGCUCAGCAUUCCAACUGCAGUCUUUCACUGUUGAACCCACAACACUCGUUUACAUUCAUUCGAGUUCGAGGACUAUAGGAUAGGCCACUAUUAUCCUCGACCAGAGUUCUUUUUUCAUCUAGGCUAGGAAGCAUCGAAAUAUCCCUAUCUUUUUAUUCCCGGGGGCGUCCGGAAAAGUGCGAGAUUCUCCAUCGACACCCAACAAUCGAAAACAGCGCAUUCAUUCAGGAACGUACACUGCGCAAUCAUGGCUCUCCAUAAGCUUGCGCGCUGUCUGACAGCGACGCUCUCUUUGGCCGCUGUUCCUAUUGCAAACGCACAGUUUUACAAAAUUUCAAGUUCUCAAGAGAUCAAGGACUCCACAACGACUCUUGCCUACGAUUUGAUGACCCUCUACCCAGGCAACCAGACCGGCAAAGAGCCAGGUAUCUUGCCAGGCCCUCCUUCGGAAAACAAGGGCGACUACUACUGGUGGGAGGGCGGUGCACUCAUGGGCACCAUGAUUGACUAUUGGCAUUUCACCGGUCACACGGAGUACAACGAUGAAGUGACGCAAGGCAUACUGUACCAAGUCGGAGAAAACGCGGACUUCCAGCCUCUUUCCAAGCGUGCAUCGCUCGGAAAUGAUGACCAGGGUUUCUGGGGCAUGACGGCGAUGCUCGCCGCAGAGACCAAUUUCCCGAAUCCACCAAAAGACAAGCCCCAGUGGCUGGCUCUGGCGCAGGCCGUUUGGACGACACAGAACAGCCCCGAGCGACACGACGACAAGUGUGGCGGCGGCAUGAGGUGGCAGAUCCCACCGUUGAACGCGGGAUACGACUACAAGAACACGAUUGCCAACGCCAUUUACAUGAAUCUUGGAGCGAGACUGGCUCGUUACACAGGCAACACAACCUACUCUGAUGCCGCCGAGAAGACUUACGAUUGGCUUUGGAGUGUGAACUACAUUGACCACGAUACAUACAAGGUAUACGAUGGUGGCCAUGUAGAGCACAACUGCACCGACAUCAACAAGGCUCAGUUCUCGUACAGUAUUGCAGUCCUUACCCAGGCAACUGCGUUCCUGUGGAAUAUCACGAGCAACGAAAAGUGGAAAACAGCCACCACCAAGUUGACCGAGUCACUGCUCCGUGACUUCUUCGCCGACGGCGCCGCGUUUGAGCUGCCCUGCGAGACAACCCCGGGCGGCUGCACCGCCGACAUGUUGUCCUUCAAGGGCUACGUGCACCGCUGGAUGUCGGUCGUGACGCAGGUUGCGCCUUUUACUGCGGCCACCGUCAUCCCUGCACUGAAAAAGUCGGCCGAGGCGUGUAUCAAGCAGUGCACCGGAGGUCCGACGGGUCGCGCCUGUGGCUUCUAUUGGACUCGAGGCACUUACAUUGACCCGAGCGUCGACAAGACCACCGGUGCCGGCGAACGCAUGGACGCCCUCGCCGCCGUAUCCAGCCUGCUAGUCUCGGAGGUUGCCGCUCCAUUGACCGGCAAGGAUGGAGGCACUAGCCAAGGCAACCCCAACGCCGGCAUACCCAAGAGCAAUGAUCGUACCCUUAGCGAGAUCACCUCGGGCGACAAGGCGGGCGCCUCCUUCCUCACUAUCCUGACGAUGGUUAGUGCCGCAUCGUUGUUUGGCUGGAUGAGCUGGGACUCUCGCUGAAAAAGGCCAUGCGGUCUCACUUUUUAAUUCUUAUUCUUGUUUGUCUUUUCUGACAUUCAGCUUUACGACUCUGGCAUCUCGACAUGUACAAGAUUUGCUGGUCGAUGUAUGCCCAUCGAUUUGAGAGUUUCCGGGGGCCACAGUCCACCAUGAGGAGCCCAAAUGUCUUUGAGCGUUCGUCUUUUUUUUUUCUUUUCUUUUUUUUUCCUAUGUAAGAUAUCCCGCCGAGGCUUUCAUUUUGUUAUUAUUGCUCAGCUCUCUUUGCGAUUUCGAUCUUGAUUCAUGCAGGGAGCUCUCGCGAAAUCACCGAACGCCCUGUUCUAGUUCAUUGCAGGCGUUGGGGAUAUGGACAUAGGUUACCAUCAUGGAUAAAUAAUACAAGACUAAGAUUCUUAGAUACAAAGAUGUCUUUUUUCGGUACUAGAGUAGGGUUAUUCCAGAAGACUGGAAGAGAAUAGCAAUGUUCCGAAGCGU